GAAAAAGAAGGCGGGUGGGCGUGGCGGGGCGUGUUGACCGAUCAGCUGAGCGCCACAACAACACGGGUCGGAUACUCUCGCUUAUAUAUAUACUAGUGUUCAUUUUUCGCCUUAUUGAAAUAUACACCAGACUGAUAUAUUGACAGCUAUCUGAUUACCAAGAGAAAAUACCUGAGUGGUGUUUUGGCCUAUCUUGGGCGUCAAAAUAGGACAGGUGAACCGCCCCCCGCCCGCAGUGAUACCCGGCAGACCCAGCAGACGGUAAUUAUGGGGCAGAGGUGGCAGUGCCUUGAAGAAGGAAGCUAGGAGAAAAAUAGGAAGAAGGGAAUCAUAGCAGUCAUGGAGAGCCAGAGCAAUGUGUUCCCAGCUCGAAUACCUCCUGAGGUCAAGAGCUUGGUCAAGGCCACACGCACCAUGGAUAAAGCUUUCUUCAGGCGACUCAUCAAACUUGCAUUGGGGUACCUGCAUGGUGGGGAAGGAGCAGGCCAGGAGGCAGCGAUGGAUCAACUGUGUGUCUUGAGUCAGGCCACCACAGAGGAGCAGGUCAUGGGUGUAUGUGUCCAGUACACUGGUGUGGUGAGUUUGCUGAAGGCUGUUUUGAGGCUUAGCACUGUCACCACCCGCCAGGACGCCCUAGUUGCUGACCUCACAAGCCUUGGACUGCCUGGUGAGUUUGCAGUAGAUGUGGGUAGAGUGGCGUUUGGGGCUGCCCGUCCAGACAUUGAUAGGCAGCUGGUGGCCAACACUCCUUCCCUGCCAACUCUCGCCCACUUGAGCUGGAGGGUUGAUGUCACCAUCUCUACCAGUUGGCUGUCACGAGUGCUGGAACCACUGGUGGUGGUGAGGAUGGAGACAAGCACUGGUGCCUCCCACAUUUUUCAGAUCCCCAUAAAUAAGUUUCAUCUACUGAGGUUCACAGUGGCCAGCCUUCUGCAUCAAAUGGGUACCCUGCAGGCUGCCUCCAUAUGCAAAAAGUAGUGAUGUUGACAUUGCUUGUGGUUCUUGGGGAAGAGGGAUGUUAUGAGUGAUGAUGACCACUUUCUCCUAUGAAAUUUGUGUUGGAUGUUCACAGGUGCUACUUCUGUUGCAUUUCCCCUAAAUUAGAAUUGAGGUUUUUGUAUUUUUCGUAGCAAGUCUGGUUUUCUUCUGGUCAGUUAGUUCUGGUAACAGUGAUGAUUAUGUCUAUCUACAACUAUCUGUUCCUUUAUGGAAUCUUCCUUUAAUGGGGUAGCCACAGCAGAGGCAUCUCUUAACUUCCCCUGUUUGUGCACUCUCAGCACACUUAUUGCCUCGCCUGCCAACUCUCUCUGCAAUGUCCACUAUUGAUACAUUUCACUAGAGUUCUCUCCCUCGGUCUUGCCCUCAUAUACUCUUCUCAGUUAUCCUCAUUCCUUCUUAUCACAUGUUCAGACCACCUCAGAGCACCACACUUCACCCACUCAACCACCACACAAUCCACUCCCAUAACAGACUUAUUUUUACAAGGGAGGCAGCUCAAGGCAAAAAGGAUAAAAAAAGCCUGCUGUGGUGCUUUCAUUUCUUUCUCCAUCCCAUCUUGACACACCACAUACACCUAAUAUAGCUCACUUCCAUUGCAUUUAUUCAUGAUUGAAGUGCUACAUUCCACAUUUAUGUCUCUUGAAGCAUAUGACAGAGGUUGGAGGAUAGCACUAGUUCUUAUUCUCUUCUUAAACUCCAUGUUUACAUUUAUUUCAUAACCCUCCAAAGCGUCUGUUACCUGUCUGCUUUUCACUGCUCUCUCCCUCCAUACUUACAUAGAACUGUCCUGAAUGUAUAACUCAGUUACUUCCUUCACUCCCAAUCAAAGCUAACACUGUACUCUGUAUGGUUUUGCAAGCUAAAUAGCCUGCCCACUUGCCCUUUCAAAUAUCAUAACCUUACUCUUGCCAAUAUUUGAUUUCAACUCUUUCCCCAUACAAAGAUGAUAAUGAUGUAAUGAAUAUUGUGGGUGACCUCACUGAUGUUGGUAGUUGUGGUAGUAAUGGUUGUGUCAGCAACACUGGUAGUAAUAGUAGUAAUAUACAUUUGUGAUGGUCAAGUGGUUCUAACAAACAGCUGUGGAAUUUCUACUACCAAUUAUUAAGACACCCUGCUUUUGAGUUUGUGAUAAAAAAAAUUUACAGUAGAAAAAAAAAAGUUUAUUCAGGAGCAUCAUAAAUUUGUAACAAUAUGUGGAAUGGUUACAGCAGAUCCACUUUAGACCCCAAAUACAUUUGCAAUUUGAUUUCCUCCUGUUUAUUUAAACAUUUUCAUGGUCUGGAUGUGACUUAUGUACAGGGUUGGAGCAGACAGUUAUGAAUCCAGUGACAAACUGCUUGCAAUUUACACUGUUCAAAGUGUAGUGCUAGCCUUACACUGGCUAGUUGUACAGUUUUUUUUUAACUGAAGACUAAUAAAAUGUACAUUGUA